AUGGAAGAUCCUCCCACUUUUUCCCCUCCUUCGGAAUUUCGGCUACUGGAGUCAGUGGGCACAAGAGAGGGGACAAUCCGUCGAUCAGGUCGAUCAGUUCCACGAUCGAGAGGUACCCGUACCCGUCGUGUCCCGUUCCGUCGCCCAAAAGUUCCUCCACGAGAGUCGGUUACCAAUUUGUCCCCUCGCCAACAAGACCAUCAACCAGAAUCGCUCGACGGUUUUCCUUUUGACCAAGAAGACUAUGAACCACCGUCGCAUAAGGAUAUCCCUCCUAGCGACCCAGGCUUCGAAUCAGAAUCUUCUAGCAUUUUGUCCCCUGAGGGAGAAGUCCAACAACCAGAAUUGCCUAGCAAUCUUGCCCCUCCCACAGAAACCGUGAUGUCCUACGGGACGCCCGAGGAUGAACACUCAACGCAUUACGGCUCCUGUUCUGAGUGUGCCGCCAAGCUUCGAGUAGUCGACGAAAAGGUCCGAAAUUUGAAGCAGUAUGCUCCCGGAUCAGAAGCAUACUUUUCCCAAUGGAAGGAGAUAGUUGAAUACGUCGUAACCCAAUUUCGGCCCCCUGAUAGCCAAUACCCACAGACAUACCAAACCUCACAACCAGCUAUAACAUCGCCAAUUAGAAAUCCUGAUCUUCUACCAGAUAUUCCGCUGCCUGACCCGUCACAAGUGUACAGAUUGACCAGCGCACCGGAAUCGAUGGACAACUCGACUUCUGAGAACAUGAAUGUUGGACCACUUUCGGUGCUUGACCCGUCACAAGCGUGCGAAUUGACCAGCUCACCAGAAUCGAUGGAUCACUCGACUCUUGAAAACAUGGAUGUUGAACCGGGUGCUUUGGCACAUGAGCUCGGUACCGAUAGAAAUAUUAACAAAUCUUCGAAGAUACCGUCAACUGAUAUCGACGCUUCAUCAAACGCAGGCCAUGGAAAACUCAGACAUAUGACUGUGACGCCGAGGGCGACGGAUCAGGAUAAAUCUUCGAUAGGGGAUGGACUACUCCAACCAUUGCCCACCACACAAAUGCUCAACAACAAUGAUAAUUCAACCGGUCCAGCAGAUGGUUCCGGCACCCGGACAUUGACAGUGACACCACGGAAGCCGAAAGAUUGGGGUACGGAAAAUCCAAACCAAACCGCAAGUCCAUCAUCGGGUGAAGUUGAUUCCUCGGCAGGCGGAUCCGUGACCCGUACAAUAAAAGUGACCCCUAAAACAGACAAGCCUACGACAGAUUCCGGCGGCAAUAUCGGAGGGGCCCGGGAAGACAAAGGUGGACCAAAAUACAGCUUGACGAGAAGUAUGUCAAAUGGGCAUCCGAUGGAGACUCUCACGUUCGAAGUACCCGGGCAAGCUUCACUCAAGCCGGAACGUCCGACCACCCACGGAGGACCUGACAUCAGUUCUGCUGCUUACCAACAGAUCAUGGGACAACUUCUGGGGCAGAAAGCAAAACUCCAGGCGGCAGCUCUGAGAGAUAAGAAACAUUUCCGGGAGAACGUGCUGGGGGCAAUCCGGUCUGAGAUAAGUGAUAUGGGAGAAGAGGCCAUCAGUAUUGCGGAUUUUAUUGCACAGAAAGAUCCUAUCAGUGCAAGCAUGGUAAUGCCAUACUGGCAAGCUACAUUGUCAACACCUGAAAUAAGCUGGUUUGACAAGCAAUUGUCGUCAAAACACCCUGAAGAGUCAAAAAAGCUGUACGACCUAAUCAACCGACGGGAUGCAAAGAUAGAAGAAUAUAAUGAAUUUGCGAAGAUGAAAUUUGGCCCAAAACCACCCGCUCUGACGGGUCCGGCAAUUAAUCCAUACAAAAAAGGACUUAUUGACACCCUUACAUUGCACACUACCAAAGGUGAGCAUGUACUUGAUUCAAGGCCUACAAGACCUUCGCGUCUGACAUUGAACCCACCGGAUCCAAGUUACUCCAAGAGAUCCGAUUUUGCACCUGUUGCUGAAUGUUUGAGUUCCUCAGCGGGUAGGACUCUUCGUCCAAACGAGGCAUACCAGCAAUCACAAAUGAUAACAGGAUAUGAACUAUUUGCAUUGAUGAAAGCGACUAAUAAACUUGAUGAGGAAACAGAGGCGACCGGGGAGGAACUUAUCGAAUUGGGUAAAGUGUGGGAAAGACAUGGGAACGCAGUGUGGAAUACACUUCAACAUCCAGAUACAGAACAUGGUAUCUUGAGGGAUAAUUCAGAAGUAUCCAAGAAGACUCCCCAUCUUGACGACUGGAUCCGUAGGAAGAAAGCCAUCAAUCAAGCGGCAAUGAGGGUGGGUCGUAUGCCUAUUUCAUCGCCACCCACGGUUACUGCCGAUCAGGAUACACUUAACAGAGGAAGGAGAGAAAUGCCGUGGAUUCCUGAGCGCACCUCACCUUCCACUUAUUGGCAAGACGUACAUCGCGAGAAUGUCAAAAUCGGACAAGAAAGGAUCAAAGAACAAAAACUUAAGAGGGCGAGUGAGUUGGCGAUUGAGUUGGCUAAGGCCCGUCAAGUUCAGACUCAUAAACGAAAAGCAAUACUCUCAGAUGUUUUCGAUGAAGCCAGGGGGGUAUUUGAUCUACCACCGCAGACACUGACAGAGGAUGACGCAACCUUGUUCAUGUCGUUGUCACAAGUAGGUCGGAAAAAUCCAUUGUUUCGGACCCCGAGGGCACAGGGAUCAAGCAUCUUAACUGUUCUCUGUGACUCAGCCAGCCGGCAUGAACGUGUAUUUGGUCCAAAUUGGCGUGAAAAGCUUAUUGGUAAAAAAGCUCCACAGGAGACAGACACUGCAGAGACAAGUACAUCACCACCAACUGCAUCACAACGGCCACCCUCUGAGACAAUCUCAUUAGACGAGUUGGUCAAGUCAAUAUUACAGGGAGGCAAAUACUCAAAGUCUUCUGGACCACCACCUCCUCUUCCUCUGGCAGUCUCUGCAGCUGAGGCAAACAUGUUGAAUGAGAUGGGUAUGCUGGGGAAGGGCCAAGACUCAUCAAAACCAGCUUUUGACCUAGAGAGGUUUAGAAAUUACAUAUUGCAGAGGGCCUCCCAAUCACUUCAAUCACCAAUAGAUGGUCCUCUUACCAACGGCAUAGUUGAAGAGCCUGCCAGUCCGGUGAUUGGCAAAUCGGGGCAAACGGAUCUCACUGCUGACACCCCUUUCCCAUCCGUCACAGAACUUCCUGAUAUCAGCCAAUAG